AUGGCAGUCCGCAGGUCGAGCUCGCUCCUGGUGGUGGCCGCCUUCCUCUGCAGCGCGUACCUGCUCUCGACCACCUUUGUGACUCCAGCCGCCCCAAAGGAGACAGCGCUCCGUGGUGCCGACGCCGCCCUGAUCGCGGCCGGUGUGGCCUCCAUGCCAGAGGCAGCACACGCGCGCCUGCCAGAAGAGUUUGUGAUCUUCGCCCCCAUCGUCGACGUUCUGCCCAUCCUGCCGGUCUUCUUCUUUCUCCUGGCCUUCCUCUGGCAGGCAGCCGUGGGCUUCCGAUGA